AUGGAAGGAUUCGUCGACGAGUCGCAGUUGUCGCUGCCCCUAGUUCCUGCUGCUGGUUGCUCCUCCCUCCUCCCUUGGUUGCCGUUGGUGGUGUGCUCCUCCCCUCCUCCCCUGGUUGUUGAUGCUGUUGUUGUCCUCCUCCACUCCUCCCCUGGUUGCUGCUGGUGGUGGUGUGGUCCUCCCCUGAUUCACAGCAAGCACCAUGUCCUCCAACCAGAGAUAUCCCCAGUUGUUCGAUCAGCUCAAGCUGCAGAAGAAGCUCACGAGCACUAUGAUCCAUUCAAAGAUCCUAAGAGGAGGCCAACAAAGAGCACGGAUACAACAUGGAAAUAUGCAUUCUGGCCAGAUCUUAGCGAGAGGUUGUUGCUGCAAUGUAAUUUGUGUGGCAAGCAAAUUACCUCUGGACCUUGUAGGACGAAGAAACACCUUGCUGGGGGGUUUACAAUUUUGAGUAUGUGCACCAAAUCAAUCCCUAAAAUUCAAAAGGAAAUGCACGACUACUUGAGGACAAACUCAUACACUUUCAAAAAUCUUGAUGGAGAUGAAGGUGGUCAAAAGAGAUGGUGAAGAAGGUGCUGAACAAGAGAAAUGUGAAGCAAGUUCAAAAGCUUCCAGCUCCAACUCCAAUGCCUCCAGGAAAAGGAAAUCAAAGGGGACUACUCAUUUGGCAUCGACGGUGGCAAAGAAGCAAGGAGAUUCCAUUGCAAAUCAGAUUCAGAAGACACCGGAAGAGGUGGUUGCCGAGAGAAAUAUGUCAAAGGGC